AUGGAAGUAUCUUUCUUCAAACCAAAGGGAGAAGCUGAUGAGAAAGAUGGCAUUAACUAUGUGACAGUUGCGGACAAAGCUCUGCGUCGUGGAGCAUAUGCAAAUCACAUGCGAGAUGCGAUUAGUCAGGAGAAGAUUUACUUUGGAAGUGAUGCUACUGUUGUUGCCAUUGCACCUUACAGACGUAGUGACCAUUACUUUCCUGUUCCACUUGUGAUAUCACCUUUGGACAAAACUGAGAAGGGUGAAGCAUUACGGACAUGGAUCCAAACACUAAUAAAUUGCUGGGAGAAAAAUGAACAUGGUUCCAAGUUACAUGGUCCAGUGUGGUCAAUCGGGAGUGAUGGAGAUUCUACGUUCCGCCUUGCGAAACAUCUAUUGUGUAUGACGAAAGAUCUUGAUCUUGACAGCAAUUUGGGUCAAUUUCUACGGAACAUGCCUGGGCUGAACUUACGCACUUCGGAAGGUGGGAUUACAGGUAUGUGUGAUCCAAAGCACAUUUUCAAACGUUUUGCAACACUGCUCCGUAGUCCAAAGGGUGUCAUGGUGUUUGGUGACCAUAUUACUUCUGAAGAGAUCAUCAAGCAGCUGUGCUGUCUGAGUGGUAUGACCCCUGAGAAGGCACAGCGCCUCCUAGACCCUGCAGACAAGCAAAAUGUUCCGAAGGCUGUUUCCCUUAUUCAACAUCUUCUACAGCUUAAGGCUCUCACUCAAACAUGCUUGCUUCAGUCUCUGUCCACAUUUGGUCACCUUGCUGCUGCAAUGUACAUCAAACAUGGAACUGCAUGCCUCACUGGUGCACUAUAUCAUGAUGGCCAAGCUGUAAUCAAGAAUGUUAUGUUUACCACUGCUGGUAUGCAGCUGGUUAAUCUAUGUCUCCUAUUAUACUUGAUCUUGGAGGGCACAGAUCGGCUCAAGGGACUCUUUUCAGACAUACGUACUCAGGAUCAUGCUCGAAAUUUUGAUAUUGAGCAGUUGGCUGAAAAAACAGGUACAUCCACCAUACUCAAUGCCACAUACCAGCGGAAUCCAGCUCUGGAUCAAGGUCACCAACAUUUGAGUCUGAAGGAUGCAAUGGGCAUUGACCAUGUAAAUCUACGGUCCUGGAAGGGUAACAUCUGUGUUGGGGAUAGAUCAUACAAUGGUGAACAUGCGGAGAUUGAUCCAUCCAUUUUCAAUCGGCAUGACUGUGACCUUCUCCGUCCCACUGGUGGGAAGUACAUUGGGGUGCAUGCUGAACCUGAUGAUGAUAGAUCAGAGAGAUUUGAAGAGAAUGGUGAAAGUUUAUCAGAUCCAAGUUCCGGCAUAGUCCAUCGCAGUCAUAUUCCUGCAAGUAUUGGGCAAGUUCCCAAUGACUAUGAGGAUGGUAUUGAGGAGCUUGGUCUUGAUAUUGAUGAUUACAUGCCAGCUAUCUCUGAAGAGCCCAAUGAGGAUUCAACUUCUAAUUUAUCAAAGACAUUUGUAGUCAUGGGAAAGACAUUCUACAAAUCUUCCCUUGUUGCAACUCUCUGCUCUGACAGAGCAAGGAAAGUGACAAUGUGGACUCUUCGUGCCCGUGAUGUUGCAAUUGAAGAUUUGCAAAAUACCAAAAAAGAGGAAACAUUGGAUCAAGUGGAUUUAGAUGGUCCUGAUCUUAUUAAGUCUGGUGAUAUUGUAGGUGUUCUGGUACGCACUGGUAACACUGUUGCCCUUGCUACAAUGGAGAUCACUGGAUUCCGGCAUGGGUUGAGCAAAGUUGUUCAUAUCUUCAUUGAACUUGACAGCUUGGACUAUGGAUCCGAUGCAAAUAUAAUUGCAAUUGGACAAAUUAUUGCAUUGAGCCGCAAUGCUACAGAGCCUCAUUCAUGGCACUGGACAGGCAAUUAUGUCAAGGUUGCACCAGUUUCCCCCAAUAAGUAUCUCACACACCGCCAUCUUGUGAUAGAGGUCUCUGGUACACUUAUUUUUCCAUUGACACCAUCAAUUGUAGCUGUGGAAGGCUCUGCUUCAGCAUUGGAAUCAAUUAUAUCAUCAAAACUCACAUGGAGCUUCAAUGAGAAACAGCUUCUGGAGACAUUUCAAAUUGCAUGGCAGGCUUUGGACCCAGACAGUCCUGAUGCUGUUGCAAAUCUUAGUACCUUACCUGUUGUGAACAAUCCUGAGGUGCUACCCUACCAUGAUAGUAAUGGUACUCAUUAUUUUAAUAUGUCCGACCUUCUAGCCCACUUAAAGCCACAUCCAAAACUUACCAGACUCUCGAAAGUUGAAUGUUUCCUGUGCACCCGCUAUGAUGGUAAUAGAGCCAUUGCACUGUACAAAAUGCGAGAGCAUGUUGGUAGACAUAUACUACAAGCUAUGCGUGAUCUGGAUGAUCCUGAUCCCUCCAAGCUAAAAUGCGAGGUUGGUCUUGAGCCUUGUGGAUUUUGUGGACAGGACGAGUGCAUCACAACACUGAAGUUCACAAAGGAUGGAAAUCCACGUCUGUUAACAAACUGCCCUUAUCAUUAUGAAGGAAUGCACUACACAGAGCCAGUCAAUACAUCCAAAAAGGUGAAGUGCACAAAUACACCUAUUCAUUGCUCGCUCUGCUCUCCAUCAGCCACUGGUGUAACACAAACAAUCUGGAAAUACAAUUUUCACAUUCACAUUGCAGAGGCAUAUACUUAUGACCAUUCUGAAGACUUUCUUGCACCAGCACAGACGAUUUCAGAUGCCUUCAUCUCAAAAGCAGAGGAAGUAUACAUGGGUAUUGGUGUUAACGACACAGAGGAAUUCCGAGAGCGGCACACAGUUCCAGACAGUGAAGGUUUCGAAGCAGUGAGGGAGGUUUUGAAAUGGGACCGAGCUACUGUUACAGUACAUAGAUAUACAAAGAGACAACGAGCAGGUACAUAUAGCAAGGUGUAA